GUUAGCAACGUUAGCUGGUUAGCAUAGCGUGAUAGCUCUCUUACUAGGAACGUGAAUAACACUCUCGGUUAGCCAGUUAAGCUAAGCUACAUAACCGUAAUGCUAGCAGACAAAUCUAAUGUAGUGAUCGUUAACGCUAAAGAAAAUCUUUAGACCAUGCCGUGUAUUACGUUAUAAAAAAUAACAUUACAUAACAUGCUGUAAAAGGAAAAUAAUCAUCACUGGGAAGCUAAGUUAGCUUUCCCGAGGUUGAUUAUUGUACUAUAACAUCUGACAUCCCAAAGUGUUUUCUUUCUCUUAUAGCAGAGCAAUCUUAUAUUUUCUGAUUUAUUAAUAAACAAAAUGUCUUACUUAUAAAUCCAUUUAUACACUGAUCAGGCAUAACAUUAUAACCACUGACAGGUGAAGUGAAUAAGACUGAUUAUCUCCUCAUCAUGGCACCUGUUAGUGGGUGGGAUAUAUUAGGCAACAAGUGAACAUUUUGUCCUCAAAGUUGAUGUGUUAGAAGCAGGAAAAAUGGGCAAGCGUAAGGACUUGAGUGAGUUUGACGAAGGACCAAAUUGUGAUGGUUAGACAACUGGAGCAGAGCAUCUCCAAAACUGCAGCUCUUGUGGGGUGUUCCCGGUCUGCAGUGGCCGUCCCCUUGUGGGCUCUCUCCCUUCCACUCCCUGCCAUCAUCCUGAUCUCCGUUGGAGUCUAUAUGCUGUUUCUUGCAGGUGUCUUAUGGUGCCAUCAUUGUCUCAAGACCCAGUGCAAUCCUCAGUGUACAAACUGCUGCCCGAGUGUGUCUCCUUUUGAGUACUGUCACAUGUGCGCUCAGUCAUGUGACUGCCGCCCACCAUCUUUCCACACGUGCCUUGACCACUCCUGCCCUUCUCCUAAUUGUGCCAUGUGGGACUGCACCUGCACCCCCCAGCCACCUCAGUGUGACUCCAUCAACUGCUUAUGCUGCGAGAUCAAAUUCAAAUAGAGACAGGAUUUGUGAUGCCAUGUGAGUCCAGAAGGUCCAAAAGGUUUCCAUAUGAGAGCUGCGAGUGUGCUCACGUGUUCAGAAGUGCAUUCAUGCUUCAGUUUACGUUUCAUUAUUUUUCUCUGCACAUUUAGUUAAACACAUUUUUUAUGUUUUAUGUUUACUGUUUACUUUCUCUGCUAGCAUGCAAGUGCUUGCUUUCUGAUGAUCUUAAACCUAGCAAUGCCAUUUUUUCUGUUUACUCAUAGCUAAUACACUGUUUAUACCAGCAUUAAAAACUGGCAAGAAGUCAUGGUCUUUUCUGUAAUACAGUCUUUUAAAUUUCUCCAUGUGAUUGAGAAAUAUUAAGCACGUAUUGUGUUUACUGUAAUUAUAUUAUAUUGCACAUAUUGCAUACUGUGUAUUUCUGCUGUGUUACAGCACUAACACCAUUUUCUAGAACUGAUUUUUAUAGAUUUGUAGUUUAUUUUUGUAUUUGUUUAGAAACAUGCUGUCAAACAGAAAAAUAAAUCAUUUCAAUUUUAAAAACCUAUAGAAGGAUUGUGUUCUUACUGUGACAUGAUGAACACCAGGUACACAACAGUGUACACAUUGUUUUACACCGAUCAAGCAUAACAUUAUGACCCAAUAUGUGUUGGUCCCCAUUUUGCUGACAAAACAGCCCUGACCUGUCAUGCACUGUGUAUUCUGACACCUUUCUAUCAGAACCAGCAUUAAAUUCUUCAGCAGUUUGAGCAACAGUAGCUCGUCUGUUGGAUCGGAUCACACGGGCCAGCCUUCGCUCCCCACGUGCAUCAGUGAGACUUGGCCGCCCAUGACCCUGUCGUCGGUUCACCACUGU